GUGGGACGUGUUGUGUGAAUGUAAGGCAUAAACAAAUGCAACCAUUUAUUGCAUUCAAUUCAUUGCAUCAAAUGAAUACUAUUCAUAUAAUCGGCUUUUAUUGCUAAAUGUCAUCAUCUGAUCCAAUAUUAUCACCCAUUCAUUAACUAUUAAUUGGUCCACUCAUUGACUGGUUGUGUAUUUGACAGUAGUAUUGAUCACAAGACAACUCAGUGUCAGUGCAUCAGUCCAUCAGUGCAUCAGUCCAUCAGUGCAUCCAUUGCUUUAUCACUCAAUUGUGUUGUCUUUCAAUAACUCAAUGUUUGUUUGCAUUCAUUAACACAUCGUAUGAACUGAUUGUUGAUUGCGUGAAGAAGUGCGAAGACAUGCAGACAUCCAAUGAGACAGACAUUUGGGUGGAAACCAAGACCAGUGAUGGCAAGAGUUACUACUAUAACGCUAAGACACGAGAGACCACUUGGACUAAGCCGGACAACGCAAAGAUCGUGACUCAGGAACAGUUGGCCACCACUACCACCACCAAUGCUGACGAAGCAAAAGCUGAAGACAUGAACAAUAGUGAGCGUAAGGUUGAGGGCAUAGGAGGAGGAGGGGGUGCGCCGAUGGGCGGCCCUCCUAUGGGUCUCCAACAGCCGCCACUGUUUGCUCCGAAUCCCAGGUUUAUGGGCCCGCCUUUCAUGCAUCCCAUGCCUCACACCGUGCCGCCGUUUGGUCCGUUUGGAGUUCCUCCGGGAUUCCCACCCCCGUGGGCACAACAAGUACCUCCUGUUCCUAUGGCUAAUGCAGAUCCACUUAAACAGCAAUUAUUUUUUGACGCGUCGAUCGACCCAGAGAUCAGAAUGGCUGCCGCGGAAUGGACUGAAUAUAAGACACCGGACGGAAAGGCCUAUUAUUUCAGUAAUAAAAGCCAACAAUCGGUUUGGGAGAAACCCAAAGCUCUCCUUGAUUUGGACGAAGCGAUCACAAAGUCUCAGAAACAGAUGGAAGAGAAGGCUUUGGCUAAGAAUGAGAAGGAGUUGAAGAACGGAGAGGUAAGGAGUGAGGUAUUGAACGACGUUAAGAGCGAACAGGUAUUAAGCGAAGAGCUUAAGAAACCCGACAAAAAGGUGGAACCGGUCCGCGAUAAGACCAAACCAAUCUCAAGUACUCCAGUGUCGGGCACGCCCUGGUGCGUUGUGUGGACGGGUGACAACAGAGUCUUUUUCUACAAUCCAAGCACUCGAACCUCUCUCUGGGAAUGCCCUCAAGAUCUUCAAAACCGUUCGGAUGUUGAAAAGCUAAUGAAAGGACCGCCGAAAGCGUCGGACUCAGAGUCGGGAGAAAAACGAGUGAAUGAGACGAAAGAAGAGAAACCUAACAAAAAGCAAAAAAAAAUUGAAGAAAACGAAGAGAAAGAGAAAGACGCGAAGAAAGACGGGACGAGUGAAGCGGAACUGUUGGCCGCGAAACAGAGAGAAACGAUUCCCGUGGAGGAGAGAAUCAAUAUGUUUAAGGCGAUGCUCAUUGAGAAAGAGGUGUCUGCGUUCUCCACGUGGGAGAAAGAGUUGCAUAAAAUUGUUUUCGACGCCAGAUAUCUGAUACUCACUUCACGCGAACGAAGACAAGUGUUCGAGAAGUAUGUGAAGGAAAGGGCUGAAGAGGAGCGCCGAGAGAAGAGGCAGCGAUUGAGGCAACAGAAGGACGACUACCGGAAACUCCUGGAGAGCGCCGGUUUGGGCCCGAAGUCUUCAUUCGGCGAA